AUGGCAGACAGUAGUGACAAAAGUUCUUCGACGUCGGCGUUCGUUACAACGCUAAUUGUCUACGGCCUCACGGCCAUCGUAUUUACCUGGCUAUUCUUGUUGUUGCGGCCCAAGAAUAGAAGAGUGUACGAGCCACGGUCUCUCAAGGACGUUCAGACCAUUCCGGAGGAAGAGAGAACAGAGCCAGUUCCCGAAGGAUAUUUUGGGUGGGUUGGAUAUCUACUCUCCAGGCCGCACUCGUUCCUUAUCCAGCACACAAGCGUGGACGGGUAUUUUCUGCUUCGAUAUAUCGGUAUUGUAGGUUCGCUUUCGUUUGUGGGUUGUUUGAUCAUUCUUCCGAUCUUGCUUCCCGUGAACGCGACCAACGGUAACAACUUAGCCGGCUUUGAACUGCUAUCAUUUUCUAAUGUUACGAACAAAAAUAGGUUUUAUGCACAUGUUUUCCUCUCCUGGAUUUUCUUUGGUCUGUUUACCUACAUUAUAUACAAGGAGUUGUAUUACUACGUCGUGUUUAGACAUGCUAUGCAGACGACUCCGCUCUAUGACGGGCUGCUGUCGUCUAGGACGGUUAUUAUCACCGAAUUGCACAAGGACAUAGCUCAAGAAGGAGAGAUGCAGAUGCGAUUCCCCAAGGCGUCUAAUGUCGUCUUUGCCUACGAUCUUUCAGACUUGCAGGAAUUGUGUAAGGAAAGAGCUAAGAACGCCGCUAAAUACGAAGCUGCUUUGAAUAAAGUUUUGAACAAGUGCGUGAAAAUGACGCGAAACAGGACUCAAGAGCAACUUGACAAGCUGUACAACAACGGUACCAAGCCGAAGGACGAUUUGGAGACCUAUGUGCCUCACAAAAAGCGUCCGAAGCAUCGUUUGGGCAAAUUGCCGCUUUGUCUAGGCGGCAAGAAAGUUAAUACGCUGUCUUAUUCCAGUAAAAGGAUUGGUGAGCUAAACGAUGAAAUCCACGAGAAACAGGCCGAUUGGGCCAAUAAUGAUAGGCAACCCGCCUGUUUCAUUCAGUUUGAGUCUCAGUUAGAAGCACAGAGAUGCUAUCAGUCUGCGGAAGCGAUUCUAGGCAAGAAGUAUUUUGGUAAGCGCCUCAUCGGCUACUCCCCCGAAGAUGUUAACUGGGGCAGCAUGCGUCUCAGUUCAAAGGAAAGGCAUUCUAGGAGAGCUAUAGCAAAUACAAUCAUGGUCUUAUUGAUCAUCUUUUGGGCUAUCCCUGUCGCUGUAGUCGGUAUCAUCUCCAAUGUUAAUUUCCUUACCGAUAAAGUUCCUUUCUUACGUUUUAUCAAUAAUAUGCCCGACUUUUUAAUGGGUGUCAUUACCGGUUUGCUUCCUACUAUCGCCUUGGCCGUCUUGAUGUCCCUAGUGCCAUUUUUUAUCAUAAAACUGGGGAAACUCAGCGGUUGCGUCACUGAACAAGAAACAGAUCUCUAUUCCCAAGCUUGGUACUAUGCGUUCGCGGUGAUUCAACUCUUCCUAGUUGUUACAGCUACUUCCUCCGCAUCAUCUACCGUUGAUUCCAUUAUCGACGACCCAAGUUCCGCUAUGACGCUACUGGCGAAUAACUUGCCCAAGGCAUCCAACUUCUAUAUCAUGUACUUCCUACUAAAAGGCUUAACCGGUCCCACAUGGACGAUGCUACAGGCAGUUAAUUUGCUGCUAAGCAAAAUACUAGGCAGAGUCCUGGAUUCGACCCCAAGACAAAAAUGGAACCGUUACAAUAUGUUGGCUACCCCUCGCAUGGGUAUUGUUUAUCCAGGUAUUGAAGUUUUGGUUUGCAUUUACAUCUGUUAUUCGAUUAUUGCUCCUAUUUUGUUGUUUUUUAGCACGGUAAUGUUAACUCUUCUUUAUGUUGCCUACUUGUACAACUUAAAUUAUGUUUUUGGCUUUUCAUUCGAUUUAAAGGGGCGUAAUUAUCCAAGGGCACUUUUCCAAAUAUUUGUAGGAAUAUAUUUGAGUGAGGUGUGCCUGCUUGGGUUGUUUAUCAUGGCUAAAACCUGGGGUCCUCUGGUCCUGGAAGUGUUCUGGAUCGUGGUUACCGCUCUAGCUCACAUAUAUAUGAAAAGGAAAUUCAUGCCAUUGUUCGAUGCGGUUCCUUUAAGUGCUAUCAGAUAUGCGAGAGGCGAGUCUGGUUAUUCCUAUCCCACUUCAGACUUGGGUUCCCAAGAGAUUAGAGACAUUGCAGAGGAAAUGAAAGGCAAAUACGAAAACGACAAUACUCAUGGGAUUUUGACGCCCGUCACCAAGGACGAUUUGAAGAAGGCUAACCUAAUACCCGAUAACGGUAACAAUUCGGAGAACAGUGCUCCAAGCAAUCCAUUUGAAUCUGGUUCUGAACGUGCCUCCUUCUCUGGAUCAAACGCGGAAGGUGAUUCGAUCAAGAAAAUGAAUGGUCCAAUUAUCAAAAAAUCAAGUACCCUUUCUUCUUCCACGAAGGAUAAGGAUAAUAACGGCACUGGUAACGAAUCUACUUUUGUCCCGGAGGAUGAGAAAUUUCGCAAGUUCCACUAUAGCGAUGUUGAGGCAUUAAGAAAUAAGCGCCCUUACGAUGAUGAUGACCAUAGCCAGCAUGGACCUGAAGGUGCCGUGCCAGUCAAUGCUGACGCCGGAGUAAUUUAUAGUGAUCCCGCAGCUAUGUUGAAAGAGCCUCAAGCUUUCCCACCGGAUGUGCUGGAAACUAACACAUGGUCGCAAAGAAUCUUACAGUUCUUCAAUCCAAAAAAGUCGUAUCCGUUUGAUGAUGUUAGGAUGAGAUUUCCACUUGUAUUUAAUACCAGUAUCGAAUACGAUGAGGAAUACUUGAAUUCCGCAUACACCGAUCCCUGUGUCAGAGAAAAAGAUCCUAUAGUGUGGUGUUGUAAAGAUCCAUUAGGUGUUUCGAAGCAGCAAAUUCAAGAGGCUAGGUCAAACGGUUUAGAUGUAAGAGAUGAUUUCACAAGAUACGAUGAAAAAGGUAAAGUCAUAUUUACUUACAAUCCUCCCGAUUAUGAACCUGAAGCCAAAAAAUGA